AUGGCGACUUCUUUGAACCCUCUAGCGGAAGAAUGGAGGCCACAAGGCCUUUCUUCUUGUUCUCCUCUCCUUACGUAUCUCCCGCACAAAAUCAUACUGCCGCCGCCGCCGCCGCCACCGGUUGUUGGAUUUUCUGCCGCCCAGGGGUUGGCGCCACAGUGGCAUCAUUUUUACCAUGUACCGUACGAUCACUUCUCUCUGCACCAGUCUCAGCCUGAUGGUGGCCCCGCCGCCAUCAAGAAGGCUGCGCCGCCUCCACCCAUCACCCGACGAAGAGACUUGAAGAAACUGGCUCUACCUCCCAGACUGAGGGCCACAGAGAGGAGCAAAAUAUGGAGACGAAAGGUGAAGCCCGAAGGAGCUUCCGCCGCCGCCGCCGACCGGGGUGAUUCAUCCUCUCCGGUGUCUGGUAAAACCACCGUCAUGAUCCGAAACAUCCCCAAUCAAUAUCAGAGGGAAAGCUUUAUGGCAUUUCUUGAUAAGUAUUGCAUCGAGAGCCACCUGCAGUAUGAUUUCCUUUACCUCCCAAUGGAUUUUAAGACAAACAACAAUGUAGGAUAUGCGUUCGUGAACUUUACUACUGCAGCAGCUGCUGCAAAGAUCCGUGAGGUUCUUCAGAACCAUUCAUGGGGUGUGUUGAGAACUACAAAUGGUUUUUUCACUUCCAAGAAGAUAUGUGCUGUUACCUGGGCUCGAAUCCAGGGUAGAAGGGAACUUGUUAAACAUUUCCAGAAAUCGAACUUCGUGUGCUCCAGGCCAGACUUCCUGCCGGCGGUGUUUUCUCCACCGCGGAACGGUUUCCGUGAUGGUUCUGAACCAAAGCCCAUCGGAAACCUGAUGGGUAAUGUUCCUUCUCCUCCGAGUAAGGCCUGA